CGGCUCGGCGGCACGCGCUGCCUGCCCUCGCCUCUUCCCGCGCCGGGCUGAGGCGGCCCCGCACCGGGCGCUGACCACCCCCCCAGGCGCUGGGCCGCAUGAACAAUAGGCGGCGGUACCGGCUCCGUCGCCCCCCGCACUGCCCGGCAGCCGCGGGCGCCUCCCCCUAUGGAGCAGCCUCGCCAUGGAGCCCCUCACAGAGCUCAGCCAGGAGGGCGCGGGCGGCGGGGAGCCACCGGGCGACGGGCCGCUCUGGACCGCCGUCUUCGAGUACGAGGCGUGCGGCGAGGACGAACUGAGCCUGCGGCCGGGGGACGUGGUGCAGGUGCUGUCCAGAGACUCGCACGUGUCCGGUGACGAGGGCUGGUGGACGGGCAAGAUCGACCAGCGCGUCGGCAUCUUCCCCAGCAACUACGUGAGCAGCGGCGUGCAGGGGGGCGGCCCGGAGCUGCGGGCCCGAUACCCGCCGCCCCCCGCUAUACAGCUCCUGGAGAUCGACUUCUCAGAGCUUGUUCUGGAGGAAAUCAUUGGCAUAGGGGGCUUCGGAAAAGUGUAUCGAGCUGUAUGGAUAGGAGAUGAGGUUGCUGUCAAGGCAGCUCGCUAUGAUCCUGAUGAGGACAUCAGCCAGACCAUUGAGAAUGUCCGCCAAGAGGCCAAGCUCUUUGCAAUGUUAAAGCAUCCCAACAUCAUUGCCCUGAGGGGUGUGUGUUUGAAGGAACCUAAUCUUUGUUUAAUAAUGGAGUUUGCCCGUGGUGGAUCACUAAAUAGAGUGUUAUCUGGUAAAAGGAUACCUCCUGACAUACUAGUGAACUGGGCAGUACAGAUUGCAAGGGGAAUGAACUACCUGCAUGAGGAAGCAAUUGUUCCCAUAAUUCACCGUGACCUGAAGUCCAGCAACAUACUGAUACUCGAAAAGGUGGAAAAUGGAGAUCUGAGCAACAAGAUAUUGAAGAUCACGGAUUUCGGCUUGGCCAGGGAAUGGCAUAAAACUACCAAAAUGAGCGCAGCUGGGACAUAUGCCUGGAUGGCUCCUGAGGUCAUCCGCUCCUCCAUGUUCUCCAAAGGCAGCGAUGUGUGGAGUUACGGUGUGCUGCUUUGGGAGCUGCUAACUGGGGAAGUACCAUUCCGAGGAAUUGAUGGUCUUGCAGUAGCAUAUGGUGUUGCCAUGAAUAAACUUGCCCUUCCAAUCCCUUCCACCUGUCCAGAGCCUUUUGCCAAACUCAUGGAAGAUUGUUGGAACCCUGACCCACACUCACGACCUUCCUUUGCCAGUAUCCUAGACCAUCUCACCGCCAUAGAAGAGUCUGGGUUCUUUGAAAUGCCCAAAGAUUCCUUCCACUCCCUGCAGGAAGACUGGAAACAAGAGAUCCAAGAGAUGUUUGAUCAGCUCAGAGCUAAAGAAAAGGAGCUGCGCACAUGGGAAGAAGAACUGACUCGUGCUGCUGUUGAACAGAAGAACCAUGAGGAGUUGCUACGAAGGAGGGAACAGGAGCUGGCAGAACGCGAGAUUGACAUCCUGGAAAGGGAGCUCAACAUCAUUAUCCACCAGCUGUGUCAGGAGAAGCCUCGGGUGAAGAAACGCAUGGGGAAGUUCAAGAGGAACCGGCUCAAGUUAAAAGAUGGCAAUCAUAUCAGCCUGCCUUCAGAUUUUCAGCAUAAAUUCACUGUGCAGGCUUCUCCGACGAUGGAUAAAAGGAAAAGCUUGAUCAGUAGCUGCUCCAGCCCUCCUGCAAGUCCCACAAUUAUUCCCAGACUCAGGGCCAUACAGUUGACUCCUGCUGAAAGCAGUAAAACAUGGGGACGAAGCUCAGUCCUUCCAAAGGAGGAAGGAGAGGAAGAAGAAAAGAGAGGCCAGAAGAAAAAGGGACGCACCUGGGGACCAAGCUCACUUUGUCACAAGGAGCUAGGUGCAGGAGAAGAUGGUCUGAAAGCUCUGGUAGAAGGAUACAAACAGUGGUCAUCGAGUGCACCGAACCUUGGGAAGAUCCAGAGAACUGCACCUGCUUUUCCAGGUUUCACCAGCUUAGCAGAGAUGGAUGAUGAAGACAGUGAAUGCCUUAAUGGGGAGGGCAAGGUGCACCCUUCACCUGGGCACAAUCAGUCAUACCUCUGCAUCCCAUUUCAGAAGAAUGAAGACUGGGAUGGCCCUUCUAGUGAUGCCAAUGAGGAGUCCACCCCUGUGAACUCUGCUACUAGUACCCCACAGCUGACACCCACCAACAGCCUCAAACGUAGUGGCUCCCACCACAAGCGAUGUGAGAUUGCAUUGCUUGGCUGUGGAGCAGUGCUAGCUGCUGCAGGCCUGGGUUUUGAUCUGUUAGAAGCAGGGAAGUGUCAGCUGCUGAUUGAGGAGGAGCCAGAGGCACCCAGGGAAGAGAAGAAGAAGCGUGACAGCCUUUUCCAGCGAGCUGGACGCCAGCGCAGGAGCACUAGUCCACCUUCCAGAAAGAUCUUCAGGAAAGAUGAUCCCAUGUUGUUGCUAGGCGAGCCAUCCACAUCCCUCACCCUUCUGUCCCUGUCUUCCAUUUCCGAAUGUAAUUCCACCCGGUCCCUGCUGCGCUCAGACAGUGAUGAGAUCGUGGUGUAUGAAAUGCCUGUCAGCCCAGUGACAGUCAAGGCUCCCAUGCCAGCCAUUACCAACCCACUAGUCAAUGUCCAGAUCGAGAGGUUCAAACAAGACCCCAACCAGUCCCUGACUCCCACCCAUGUGACGCUCUCUUCCCACACCCAGCAAAGCGGGCACAGGCGCACACCUUCUGAUGGGGCCAUCAAAGGGAGCGGACUAGUUGUCAGUGGGUGCCCAACCAGUGGAUGCCCUUCCAGUAGCUGUUUAACUGGAGCACUGGGAGCAGGUGUAUUAAAAACACCUAGUCCAAGUAGAGAUCCCAGUGAGGUCCCUCGCCUGCCAGACCCCAACCUUGUUUUCCCUCCAGCCCCGAGACGAUGGAAUGCACAGCAGGACCCCACACUGGAAAGACCCAAGACACUGGAAUUCCUGCCUCGGCCACGUCCUGCAGCCAGUCGGCAGCGGCUUGAUCCCUGGUGGUUUGUAUCACCCAGCAAUACCAAGGGUGAAUCUUCUGCAAACAGUUCAAGUACUGAUACUCCAAGCAAUCUGGACUCUUGUUUUGCUAGUAGCAGCAGCACUGUAGAAGAGAGACCUGGACUGCCUGCACUGCUUCCUUUCCAGGUGGGUCUUCCUGUAGAGGAGCGGACACUGUUGGACAUAGAUGCUGAGGGGCAGAGCCAGGACAGCACCAUUCCGCUAUGCAGAAGUGAACUUAACUCACAAAAAGCUGCAGCAUAUGAACUCAAGCAAGAAUUCUGGUCCUAGUAUGAAAUCCACUGGGGACAGUGAGCCCCUCUAAAUUCAAUCCUACUUUUUGCACUGAGAAUGCACUUUGAAGACAGAUGAGAUGGAGGGAUGCUACAGAGAUCAUAUGGUGCUGCCUCUGCUGAAGAUAUGUUGUUCGACUGCCUGCUUUUUGCAGUUGGAUGAAACUUGGCAGCUGUGAGCUGCUGACUUGCUGUGGGUUUUUUCUGUAGUCUUCCCUGCCCUCUUAUUGCAGUUUGAAUCUGCAAUGAGCUGAAAUUAUCAUAUCAAAGUCCUUGUUACUAACCUUGUAGGAUUUGGCACUUGCAGUAAGUAUAUUGAUAUCUAUCCUGGUAUUAAUCAGUAUUUUCAAAACUCAGUUACUACACUGCAGCAGACAUCAGUGUUUGAUGUUUUCCCAAGGAAUCCAGGACAGAAACAAAUAUCUGGAGACUACAUUCUCUAAAAUGUGUUCAGAUCAUUAGACAGGCCUGGGAAUCAUGGUACCCCCACCGAAGGAGCAGAAGUAGCUAUCUUAGACUCGCUUGUCCUCUUUUGCUCAUGUGAUAGUGCAGGGUGGAACAGACUGCAGAGGAAGGGCAUGGCAUUCCUACUGAUGGCGAUUUUUGAGAACAAACCAGCUAGACUGUUGGGAAUGAGUAGGUGUAGUUAAUCCUGACUUCAAGGCAGGUUGGAUGGACUUCAUUGAUCUCUUGAGGUCCUUCUUGGCCCUAUUUUUCUAUGAUCCUGUGCUUUCAAAAAGCUGAAGGUUUAUGGUAUGGAUGUUAACUCUAGCUUUCUUUUUUGUUUAAACCUUUGGUUCCAUCAGCCUCCUUUUCCCACCCCCUGUAUCCCAGGCUCAUAGUCAAGCUGCUCAGCUUUGGGAAGGGAAUUAGCAGGAACUGUUUCUUUAAAGCUGUAUUGGCUUGGUUGUGUCCUCUCAUUUGUUUUUUUUUAACUUCCUGGUUUUCCUCCUUACACUUUUUAGGAGUGGCCCUUGAAACCCAAGACUGUUCUUCUGCACACUGAUAAUUGUUUAAGGCUCUUUGGAAAUUGAGGCUUGUUAGUAGUUGGAUUGUGCAAACAAGAAUCAGAACAUCUGGAUUCUGUUUUAUUUUGUCACUGUCUCACUGUGUGACUGUGGGCAAAUAAUGUAACCUCUGUGCCUAAAUUUCCCCAUCUGUAAAUAAUAGGAAAAAUACCUACCUCACAGGGGGAGGGAUUGGGACAUAUGUAAUAGAUAUAAAGUCCUUUGAGAUCUUUGAGUGAAAGGCACUCAAGACAUGUAAAACUUUAUUCUUGUUCAGAUAUGUAAAAACUCCUAACUGGAGCCAGAACAGACCCAUCUUGAAGGAGGAAGUCACACAAACGGGGUGUGCCUGUGCUCACAACCUUCUGUACAGAGACUGCAAAUGUGUAUGUGCCUCUGCAGGUGUAUCUUACUGGCUUUAAUGAGAGCUUCACUCUUCCCCCAUUUUGGCAUUAUAAAUAAGGGAUGUGGCCUUUAUAUGAGCAUAGUAGGGUAGUCUGCUUUAUUGCAGGGUACAGCAUAUCUGUUCACUCUUUUUGUAGGGAUCAGUGCUCAUUUUGCUAAUCUACUGACCAUCUGGGUACAAAUAACUGAUUUGACAGUGCUGCCAAUGCAGUCCUCAGCCUGUUAGGGUAGUCCAUGAAGGCAAUAUAGCCGAAUACUUUCUCAAAGCUGUCAGCGCAGAGAACCUGUGUGCUUUAAAUGUUUAUAACCUGAUGUUAAAAACCAGUGUAUGUGGGGAGGUACUGUACUUAAGGGUCUUUAGGUCUGCUUAAGGGCUAAAACCAGCAUGUUGCCAUUAGUCAAGCACACCUUUUUUUUCCAAGCAUUUACAGUAUAUUUUGCUGUAGAAAGGUAAUACAUUUCUUGUUUAUCACAUUCCAUGAAGUGUGUUUAAUGGCAGAAU